AUGUUGUCUUUAUUAGGUGGUCAAGAGGUCACUUAUUUAAGUUCAGAUACACCUUGCCAUUCUGAUGAACAAGAUGAAGUUCAAUCUGAAUGGUUUACAUCUGAAUUUUUAAAUGAUAUCAAAUGUUCAGGGAUACCAAAUCAUAAACUCAAGCUCAAAACAGGUGUGCCAAUUAUGCUCUUGAGAAAUAUUGAUCAAGCAAAAGGUCUUUGCAAUGGCACAAGAUUGCAAGUCAACCAUUUGGGUAAAAAUGUAAUCUCUGCAACUGUAAUUACUGGAAAAAACAUUGGUGACAAAAUUUUUAUUCCAAGAAUGGAUUUAGUGCCAUCUGAUUCAGGAUUGCCUUUCAAAUUUCAAAGAAGACAGUUCCCAAUUUCAUUAUGCUUUGCAAUGACGAUUAACAAAAGUCAAGGACAAACACUUUCUAGAGUGGGACUUUAUCUUCCACAACCUGUAUUCACACAUGGCCAACUAUAUGUUGCUAUUUCUAGAGUGAAAACCAAGAGAUGA